AUGACGAAUGCCCGUGUGAACGUGAAGGUCCACCAACUGACGUGCCACAUAUGCUCCGAGAAGUUCGCAUCGUUAGGUGAUCUCUUCAAUCACUUCAACUCCUCCAGACAUUCGUCCUCUACUCCACCUCCCAGCUACUACAAUCAGCCACAAUAUUUCUUUCCUACGUACGAGAACGAUAAUUUAUUGUGCACCAUUUCUUGUGGUGUUGACGACGAUAACAUUGUUGAUGAUGCCGAUGAUAAUCCUGAUAAAGAACAACUUGUUAAACCGGAAGAUAUGCCAUUACCCGCAAUUAGUGAUAUAAUAACUAUGAAAAAACUGCUUGAAUCAUGA